AUGCCGGCCAUCAUCACCAACGACAGCCAACCGAAAAAUGGACUCACGAAGCUGACCAACUGCCGCCUGCUGCGCGGCGAAGAGCUCGUCGUUGACGAUCUUUGGGUCAGCUCCAAGACGGGCAAGAUCGUCGACAGCCAGACCGUCUUCUUUGACGACCUCGUACUCCCCGACGAAACCGUCGACCUGGGCGGUCGCAUCGUCUCGCCCGGCAUGAUUGAGUGUCAGCUCAACGGCGCCUUUGGCUUCAACUUUUCCACCCUGCUCGACGACAUGUCGCAAUACGGCAAAAAGAUCAAGGAGUGCCAGAAGCUCCUAGUUCGGACCGGCGUCACAUCCUACAUCCCCACCAUCACGAGUCAACGGCCGGAGCUCUACCAAAAGGCCCUUCCCUUCUUAGGCCCGUCCGGACGCUCGCACGGUGCAGAGGACGGCGCCGAGUCGCUUGGCGCCCAUUGUGAAGGGCCUUUUCUCAACCCAACCAAGAACGGCGUGCACAACGUCGACGUGCUCAUCGAGGCCCAGACAUUUGCCGAUCUCGAGGCCUGCUAUGGCGCCGACAACCUCAACCCAGGCACCCCUGGCGCCGACAUUCCCGUCAAGAUGAUCACGGCGGCGCCCGAGCGUGGCAACAUGAUGAAGCUGAUCCCUGAGAUUGUCGCGCGUGGCAUUCGGUUCUCGGUCGGCCAUUCCGAGGCCACCUACGAGGAGGCGUCGCAGGCCGUCGGCCAAGGCGCAACCAUGAUCACCCACCUCUUCAACGCCAUGCGCCCGUUGCACCAUCGCAACCCGGGCAUUUUUGGCGUGCUCGGCGAGGCUGAGAGCUUGCCGCGCCCCUACUUUGGGGUUAUCUCGGACGGCAUCCACCUGCACCCCACGACUAUCAAGAUUGCCUUUAACGCUCACCCCGAGGGCUUCAUCCUGGUCACCGACGCCAUGCACUUGGUCGGCCUACCAGACGGCGCCUACCCAUGGACCAACGGCGAGAAGACGAUGAACAUUGUCAAGAAAGGGUCCAAACUGCUGCUGGAGAACUCGGACAGCAUCGCUGGAAGCUCCAUUACUCUACUAGAAUGCGUCAACAAUUUCCUCGAGUGGUCCGGCGAGGGGAUCCCUCAGGCGCUCAAGACGGUUACAGCCACCCCCGCCGCCAUGAUGGGUCUACAGGGCGUCAAGGGCACAUUGGAAGCCGGCGCGGAUGCUGAUCUGCUCAUUUUUUCCGACGAGACGACGGCCAAUGGCCACCACAAGUUGAUCUUGGACGAAGUGUGGAAGUUUGGCACCCGUCUGCCCAGAAACGAGGCUUAG